AUGGCUGAUUUCACAACUACCAAGCUAAAUCCCGAGAACCAUCUAAUCCUCGAUCAACCACUCCUUCGACUUCCCCUCGAACUCCUCAAGAAAAAUUUCAAAGUGGUCCAUUUCAAUCUCGAAAAAGAAUCUGCGAGCGUUAAAACUGCCUUGAAAGAAACCACUGACGCUUCCCUCAAUGCCCAUGCUUCUCCCGACGACGUUCUCAAAAAUGUUGAUUAUAUGCUCACCCGCAUGCGUGGUCUAAAACGCAAACUCCAAUCAUGUGCCGAAGAAGAGAAGAGACUACAAACACAAUCUGCUGCGAGGAUCAAACAUAUAAGUGCACUUUAUGAUAUAAAGAGUUUAGAGGAUGUAAAAUAUGAGGAAUGGAGUCGGACACGAUUAGAUCGGUUGCUAGUUGAUUAUUUGUUAAGGAAUGGAUAUAAAGAUAGUGCUAGUGCUCUUGCUCAGGAGAAGAAUAUCGAGGAGCUGGUGGAUGUGGAUACUUUCGUUCAGAUGAGUAGGAUCAAAGACAGUCUAUGCAAAGGCAAAGUUACGGAGGCGUUGGCAUGGUGUUCGGAAAAUAAGAAAGAGUUGAGGAAGAUGGAGAGUAAUCUCGAAUUUAUGCUUCGUUUCCAGCAAUAUGUCGAGUUGGUACGCACAAAAGAUGAGGCGAAGUUGGUUGAAUCUAUCGCACAUGCGAAAAAGUAUCUAUUACCAUUCCGGGAAAGCUAUCCCAAAGAAGUUCAACAGGCGUGUGGGCUCCUAGCAUUUCCUCCCGAUACUAAAGCUGCAGGUUACGGAGAACUCUAUAGUCCCACUCGCUGGACACACCUCGCCAACCUUUUUACACAAACGCACAAUGAACUCCUUAAUAUUUCCUCUGUACCUCUCCUGCACAUCGCUCUCUCUGCCGGUCUCUCUGCACUCAAAACUCCUGCCUGUCAUUCUUCGCAUACCUCCUCUAUCUCUCCCACUUCUACAGCCACAACGACUACGUCCGUUUGUCCUAUCUGCAGUAUCGAACUCAACGAAUUGUCUAAAGACAUGCCCUAUGCACAACACACUAAAAGUCACGUUGAAAGUGAUUUGGUGCUUUUGCCGAAUGGUCAUGUGUAUGGUGAGCAUCGAUUGCACGAGUAUAGUCGGAAAGUGGGUUUGGAGGAGGAAACGUAUAAGGAUUUGAGGACGGGAGAGGUGUUUGCGAAAGGCUUGGCGAAGAAAGUAUUUAUCUCAUGA